GAGGAGGGAGGAGAACUGACGUCAGCGGGAGAGUAUUAUGGGCUGUCGUGCGCUGGCUGCUGCUUUUCUGCUCCUGGAAGCGGCCAAGGGGGGAAGCGGCGAGUCAACAUGGAGCUUUCAGCGGUGGGGGAGCGGGUGUUCGCGGCAGAAGCCCUCCUAAAGCGGCGCAUACGGAAAGGACGCAUGGAAUACCUCGUGAAAUGGAAGGGCUGGUCGCAGAAGUACAGCACAUGGGAGCCCGAAGAAAACAUCCUAGAUGCUCGUCUACUUGCAGCCUUUGAGGAAAGGGAACGAGAGAUGGAGCUCUAUGGCCCCAAAAAACGAGGACCUAAACCUAAAACCUUCCUUCUCAAGGCCCAGGCCAAGGCAAAAGCCAAAACCUAUGAGUUCAGAAGUGACUCUGCUCGGGGGAUCAGGAUCCCCUACCCAGGCCGCUCACCCCAGGACCUGGCAUCUACUUCCCGGGCUCGAGAGGGCCUUCGGAACAUGGGUCUGUCCCCUCCAGGGAGCAGCAGCAGCACUAGCAGCACUUGCCGAGCAGAGCCCCCGAGGGACCGGGAGAGGGACCGGGAGCGAGAGAGAGAGCGAGAGCGAGAGAGGGAACGAGAACGGAGCACCAGCCGUGUAGAUGAGAAACCCAGUUCACCGGGGGACAGCUCUAAGAAACGAGGCCCCAAGCCCCGGAAGGAGCUCCUGGACCCCUCACAGAGGCCUUUGGGAGAGUCAAGCGAUGGCCUCAGAGAAUACCUCAAGGGCAGGAAGCUGGAUGACACCCCUUCUGGGACAGGAAAGUUCCCAGCCGGCCACAGUGUAAUCCAGCUGGCCCGAAGGCAGGACUCGGACCUAGUACAAUGUGGUGUGACCAGCCCUAGCUCAGCGGAGGCCACAGGCAAGCUGGCUGUGGACACCUUCCCAGCCAGAGUUAUAAAGCACAGAGCAGCCUUCCUGGAGGCCAAAGGCCAGGGUGCACUGGACCCUGGUGUUCCUCGAGUCCGGCAUGGUUCAGGCACCCCAGGCUCUGUGGGGAGCCUGUAUCGGGACAUGGGGGCUCAGGGGGGAAGGCCCUCCCUCAUCGCCAGGAUUCCGGUGGCCAGAAUCCUGGGGGACCCAGAGGAAGAGUCCUGGAGCCCCUCUCUGACUAACUUGGAGAAGGUGGUGGUCACCGACGUGACCUCAAACUUUUUGACCGUCACCAUUAAGGAAAGUAACACGGACCAAGGCUUCUUUAAAGAGAAGAGAUGAAUUGCUGGGUGGGGGAGCCCAGCACAAGAGCAGGGGAGAGUGAGUGCAAACUUUGCAUAGUGCUUUUUAUUUCUGGGUGGGAUGUGGUCUUCUGGCUGGUCCUGUCCCUAAUUUCACAACCCCUUGGCCCUUUAUUUCUCCUCCCUCUCAGUUUUGGUUGGAAAAUUAUCUCUAGAGUUAUAUUUUCUAUUAGAUGUAAAUAUGUUAUUUAAGAAAAAUAUCUAAAUAUAUAUAUAUUUCAACUC